GUUUGGCGAAUUCGCAGUUUGUGGACGCUUGGUUUGACAACCAAGGCAUCAUCACCUCAAUAUUGUUAUUUCUUUUUUUGUGCUUUUUUCGUGUACAAAAAAACAACAAAUUGUGUAUGAAUUGCAACAAAAAACGCGUAAACAAUGACCGACGAAAGACUCCACAUUGAUUGGGGUAACGACAAGUUACAUCGCACCCAGAAACAAGUCGAGAGAAAUCCCUACGACCUCGAAUCAUGGUCGAUUUUGCUGCGAGAGGUCCAAACCAAGCACAUUUCGGAAGUGCGCCCCCUUUACGAGCACCUCAUCGACAUAUUCCCCAGUGCGUCCCGCUACUGGCGCAUCUACAUCGAGCACGAGAUGAAGUCGCGGAAUUUCGAAAGAGUAGAAAAGUUGUUUCAAAGGUGUUUGAUGAAGAUCUUAAAUAUUGAAUUGUGGAAACUUUAUCUCGGAUAUGUUAAAGAAACCAAGGCUUCACUCCCGACCUAUAAGGAGAAAAUGGCACAAGCGUACGAUUUCGCCUUGGACAAGAUCGGAAUGGACAUCCACUCGUACUCGAUUUGGAACGAAUACGUGAAUUUUUUAAAAGGGGUGGAAGCCGUGGGGUCGUAUGCUGAAAACCAGAAAAUCUCAGCGGUGCGGAAAGUCUACCAAAGGGGCAUUAAUAACCCCAUGACCGGGAUGGAAACCUUCUGGAAAGACUACAUAGCCUUCGAACAAGCUAUCAACCCCAUUAUUGCUGAAAAAAUGAGCAUUGAGAGGAGUCGAGACUACAUGAACGCCCGCAGAGUCGCCAAAGAACUGGAAGUACAAAUCCGGGGGAUUAACAGGAAUGCCCCCAGUGUUCCCCCGAACGGAAGUCCGGAAGAGCGAAAACAAGUCGAGCUGUGGCAGAAGUACAUCGCAUGGGAGAAGAGCAACCCCCUGCGUACCGAAGACACGGCCCUCUUGACCAAACGCGUGGUCUUCGCCCUCGAGCAAUGCCUACUGUGUCUCGGCCACCACCCCGACAUUUGGUACCAAGCCGCCCAAUUUCUCGAGUACAGUUGCAAAAUUCUUGCUGAAAAAGGAGACGUCAACGCUUCGAAGUUAUUUAGCGAAGAGGCUGCGAAUAUGUUCGAAAGGGCAACGAGUUCACUUUUAAACAAAAAUAUGCUACUUUAUUUCGCCUACGCUGACUAUGAAGAAGGGCGCUUGAAAUAUGAGAAAGUCCACCAGAUUUACCAGAAGUAUCUUGAAAUUCAAGAUAUCGACCCGACACUUGCUUACAUCCAAUACAUGAAGUUUGCCAGAAGGGCCGAAGGAAUAAAAUCGGCGCGGUCUGUUUUCAAAAGGGCCCGCGAAGACAAUCGAUCCAAGUAUCACAUUUUUGUUUGCGCCGCCUUGAUGGAAUAUUAUUGUAGCAAAGACAAAAACAUCGCGUUUCGUAUAUUUGAAUUGGGGUUGAAAAAAUUCGGGGAUAUACCCGAAUAUAUCACGUGUUAUAUCGAUUAUUUGUCACACUUGAACGAAGAUAAUAACACGCGAGUGUUAUUCGAGCGCGUAUUAUCAUCCGGAAGUUUAGAACCGGAAAAAUCCGUAGAUAUUUGGAACCGUUUCCUGGAAUUCGAGUGCAAUAUCGGGGAUUUACAGAGUAUUGUCAAAGUUGAAAAAAGACGAUCGGAAGUUCUAUCAAAAAUUAAAGAAUUUGAAGGCAAAGAAACGGCCCAAUUGGUCGACAGGUACAAAUUUUUAGAUUUGUAUCCCUGCACUGCCACGGAAUUAAAAAGUAUAGGAUAUACAGAAGUGAUAAACAUAACAGGGGCGGGUCGUAACCACAUUUUACAGUCGAUAAUCAACAGUGACGGCGACGCCCCCUUGCCCCUCCCCGACUACUCGCAAAUGAUCCCCUACAAGCCCAAAUCCAACCCCCUCCCCGGCGAGCAUCCUGUCCCCGGCGGUGCAUUUCCCCACCCUCCGGUGGCGGCGCACCUGUGCACCCUCCUGCCGCCCCCCGCGUGUUUCCGGGGCCCUUUUGUCAAUGUGGACCUUCUCAUGGAUAUUUUCAACCGGAUCCAGUUACCGGACUCACCCCCUCAACCGUCGGAAAAUGGCGGCGAUGUGAGACUUUUCGAUUUGGCGAAAUCCGUUCAUUGGAUCGUGGAAGAAGGGGGCGGAGUCGGGAUUAAGAGGAAGAAGAGGUUGGGAUUGGCUAUGGAUGGGUCAGAUGAUGAGGAUUUGCCGCUGCCGCCGACCAAUGAUAUUUACAGACAGAGGCAACAAAAGCGUGUCAAAUAAUUUGUGGUUUUGUCCAUUGUGACUUGAUUAAUUAUAAAAUAAAUUGAUUAGGAUAA